AGCACAUCAAGAAGGACCUGUUCUGUCUGAAUCUUCACCAUGAGCACAAGGAAGAGCUGCCCCCUGCCACCGGGGCAAGGAGACCAGGAGGAAAAGCAGAGCGAGGGUACUCCCGACCUGGAGAGACAGGAGUGUGAGAUGGAGCUGAGGAACAAAGCUAUUCUGCAACAGAAGAGGCGCCUCAAACAGGCUACCCAGUUUGUGCACAAGGACUCUGCUGAUCUGCUGCCCCUGGAUGGCUUGACAAGGCUUGGCACCUCCAAGGAUCUGCAGCCUCAUAGUGUGGUCCAGCGGCGCCUCUUGGAAGGCAACCUGAACAAGCUGCGGGGCGAGGCCAGGGGUCAGUCUGCACGGGUUCAAUCUCCACUGGCAAAAGACCAGGAUGAAAAGAUGGAAAAGGGAGAGGACAGGAGAAAAGAGACUUCACCCCUGCUAAUACAGUGCCAGUGCCGAGGUCAGGUACUGAAAGCGACAGUUAACACUGGGUGUCUACCAAACCUCAUCUCCAAGAGGUGUUUAAACCAGCUGGGGCUGGAAGAAGUGUCUGCCAUGGACUGUGGAGACCUCUCUCUUCCCAUCCCCAGCGUUGUUGGUCGAGUAGAACAUUUGGAAUUGCAAUUUGGCCAGGAGGCAGUGCUGUGUUCAGCACUGGUUGUAGAUGAUGAAAUGCUGGAGUUUUGCAUUGGCCUCCAGACACUGUUGUCUCUUAAGUGUUGCAUCGACUUGGAGGAAGGAGUCCUGAGAUUUAAAGCACUGAGUGAGGAGCUGCCUUUUCUACACGCCUCUGAAGAACCUGGUCAGUGACUGGCUGCAUUCCCCAUGUCUGGAGACUUGCUGCCAUGAGAGAGAGAUGAGGGUGAGGCUCCCAUGCCCCUAACCUUGCUGAGUUCUAGGCUGAGGCAUUCAAUGGGGAGUAAGAAAAAGGCAAGUGGGUGCUUGCACUGGGAGUGCCUCAACUUGAGAUAUCGUUCCUUUCAGUGGACCCUCUUGCUUGUCCUGAUGUGCCGAGUGGGCAUUUUGUUCUUGUUCUGCUAUUUGGCCCUAGUCACUCUAACUUCUGGUUCUGUAAUAAAUUUAUGCUACCCCUUUAAUGACUUUACAACACACUGUUCACAAGAGAGUCUCUGUGAACAAUCUCCAGUUGUUCUGUUGACAGGAGAACAGCGUUUUCUUCAAAGACGUCCAAAGAUUACCACAAAUGUUUCCCUUCUUGUUGCCUCAAUGCCAGCGUACACCAAUCCUGUUUCUUUGUCAGAAGGGCUCUGUUCCCUUUGUCUGUACUCUGGGAAGCUGGAUUUUGCUGCUUUUUGCUGGCUCAGAGCAGAACAGAAGUAUUUUCUUGGGAAAACUGUGGCAAAAACAGUUUUAGAGUUCUAAGUUCUAAGAAACCUUUGCAGAAAUGUUGAGUGCAGAUGCCUAAAGCACUGACAGAGGCUUGGGCUUUGCCAUUGCAUCUCUGGGCACUAAGCUAUAUUAUAUGAAUGGCAAUGCUUACCAUCUCUUGGUGUAUACCCUGUAACCAGAUUUACACACCCUGUUCCUCUGGCCAGGCCACUCCUCUCUGCACUCCAGCUGCCAGAGCUGCAUCCCUGCUCCCUCUGCUGCCUCAUCAGAGAUCCUGCCACUCAGUUUAAAUGCUGUGAUGAAUUACAGCACCGAGUCUUCUGCUCUGUCAGCUCCUUUCCACCAACUUGAAAUCCAGUGAUUAAACACAGACACAUCAUCCGCCUUGAGUCCUGGCAUCACACAGCCCAUCAACUUGGCUUCUCUUGCACCAAAUAAGAAUUUGUAGUAUCAGCUCAGAUUAGAGAACUGUGAACUCAUCUGGAAUGUUAAAGGUGAUUAUUAAGUCACUUAACAAUUGGGUUUAUUUAAUUUCCUUAAUUUCUUUUUAAUUUCCAUAUUAAAGCAUAGCUAUAUUAAACACGCAUAAUCUAUUCUUAACUAGCUCUAUGAAAAAUGCACUAGAUCAGGGCUAGCUCCAUGCCUCAUGGCUACUGAUACACAAUCCAAACUGCAAAAUAUACCUUUAUCCACAUUUAAAAGGCUGUGACAACCUCAUUUUGCCUAUUUUCCUGGACUAAACACUGCUGACUCUCUUCCUUUUCUAUCCAACUGGUCAUUGUCUCUGUUGUGGUCCUCAAAAAAUAUGUGUAUGCAUUUUUGCGCCUUUUUUUUGUGGUUUUUUUUUGUUUGUUUUGUUUUUGGUUUUGUUUUUGUUUUUUUUUUGUUAGUUCUUUUCCCUACAGCUGUACGCUGUAGUUUAACACAUGCUAAGGACAUCAGAGUAAAGCCUGGCUGAUAUGAUUUUGGAUUGACAGUUGGCACUGCUGGCAUCUGCUGCUCCCACAAGGAGCAGCAGACUUUUACUGUUACUCAUCAUACCUUGCAGCUUCUGAUACAUUCCUUGACUUCUCUGCCACUCUUCUACUUGUGCAUCUGUUUCUGGCUGCAUGAACUGCUUUCCAUGAAUCUCUCAAGUGACACCAAUGGUUCUCUCAUUUAGUCAGGAAAACAUGCCUGCUCCAUGAGCCUGUCUUCCAAAGUAGCAGUAAUUCCUCCUGGAUUUGUAUCACUUGCAUGCCUGACUGGACUCUCAAAUCUCUAUCAAGGGGUCUAGAUAGCUCACAUUUGUACUCAGCCAUCUUGUAUUCUAGCUGCAGUCUAUGUGGUGCCUGGGCCAAUUCUGCUGACAAAAUCUUGCUUGUGAUAGACAAAACACCUGUUGCUAUAUGUAUCAACUCACCCGGUUUCCAACUCCCACUGCCUUCUAAAAAGAGCAUGUAGAACAAGGGCAAAUAAUCUAUACAUACAGAUACCAUGUCCAUUAAAAUCUUAUUAAUUUCUAUGAUCCAUUUAAAAAACCCUCUAAAUCACAACCCAAAAGCUGACUUUAGCCCUAACCCACACAAUAAACCCUAACAAUGACCCAAAAUCUAAGAUGUAAGGCACUAAAUCCUAAUCCUAAAUUUUACCCCUAAAACAAACUGUAACACUUAAUGCUAAUUUUAACACCUAAAUCAAAUCUCCACCUCCUAACUAUAAAACAUAGCAUCAAAAAUAACCCCCUAAAUUUAACACUGUAAUCCCAACAUUUACCAUGUGACUUUAAACCCAAGACAGAAUCAUAAACACAUUAACUACAAACCCUAAUCCCAAAACCUAACCAUAAUCCCCAACCCUGAAUUCCAACCACGAAGCUAACCCCAGCACCUAAAUCUAAACUCCAAGGCCUAAAACUAACCCCUAAAUCUAAACCCCAAACCAUAUAACAAAACGUAACCCCAACUCCAAACACAUCCCUAACCCUACACCUAACCACAACCACCUAACCCUAUC